CAGCUUGAAAGGAGAGUUGUGUUUUGCGGAAUCGUUAGUGCAAUUCGACGUCGUGUUCGCGAUAUGUUUGUCUGAAAUUCUAUUUUGCGAUGUUUUUAGUGCGCCGUUUGUGAUUUUAUGAAUGAAAAGUUGUUUGUUUAAGUGAUCUCGACCAUGGUUGAACUGGAUUUUAGCGCAGUCGGGACCAUGCCUGACGAUGGUGUACCUGACAUGACCAGACUGACCGUCCUAGAUGAGGCAAUUAUCAACAAGAAUUUAAAAGUUCGCUACAAAAAUGACAAAAUAUACACAUACACUGGAUCGAUAUUAGUAGCUGUUAAUCCCUACAAAGAUAUUGACAUCUAUUCACCGGACUACGUCACCAAGUACCAGAACCGCAAAUUGAGCGAACUCGAACCCCAUGUGUUCGCUCUGGCAGAGGCAUCUUAUGCCUCUUUACAAACGGGAGCAGCAGACCGAACACAGAAAAACCAGAGUUUGGUCAUUAGCGGCGAGAGCGGGGCGGGCAAGACAGAGAGCACAAAAUUUAUUUUGCAAUAUUUGUGCUCGGUAACCAGUGGCGUAUCUGCGUGGGUCGAACAACAGAUUUUGGAGGCGAACACUAUCUUGGAGGCUUUUGGUAAUGCUAAAACUGUCAAAAACGACAACUCCAGCCGGUUCGGAAAAUUUAUGCAGGUGUGUUUUGACUCCCGAUGGAUGAUAGCUGGGUGUAUUGUCCAGGACUAUCUCUUAGAGCAAUCCAGGAUCACAUUUCAGGGAUCGGGGGAAAGAAAUUAUCAUGUGUUUUAUCAGCUAGUCGAGGAAGCAAAGCACAACAAAGAACUCUCAGCACAGCUCCACCUUAAAGAAGCCAACUUUUACAACUACCUCAACCAAUCCAGAUCUAUCAAAUUAGAUGCGGAUGCCAGAAGACUGGACAGUUUGAGGUUAGCGUUCCAAGUGUUGCAAGUCCCGCCCAACAUGUGCAGCGGUAUAUUUCAAACUCUAGCUGCCAUCCUAUGGCUGGGUAACUUGACGUUUGAAGACAUUGACGGUGAGAGAUGCCAACUGACGAAAGAAGAUGAGAAUAUAGUUGAUAUAUUGUCAAGGUUGCUGGGUUUGGACGCAGAAAACUUAAAGCAAGUCGUGUUGUUGAGGCAGAUCAAUGUUAGAGGGAAUAUAACGGAAAUUCCACUAACUAGACAACAGGCUUGCGAAAACAGACAUGCGAUGGCCAAAGCUUUGUAUUCUCGAACCUUCGCCUGGCUGAUCAACCACAUUAACAACUGUAUCAAUCCAGGUCAGGAUUCUUCCAGGUUUCUAGGCGUCUUAGAUAUAUUCGGGUUCGAAAAUUUUGCUGUAAAUUCUUUUGAACAACUUUGCAUCAACUACACCAACGAAAAACUGCACAAAUUCUUCAAUCAUUACGUCUUCGCACUGGAACAAGAAAUAUACAAACAAGAAGAAAUCAGCUUUAAUCAUAUAGCGUUUACGGACAAUACAUUAUGUUUAGAAUUGUUAGAGAAACCUCCCAGGUGUAUAUUAAGACUGUUAAGUGAGCAAUGUCAUUUACCAAGAGGCUGUGAUGCGUCGUAUAUUUCAAAUUUGCAUACGGAAUUUGAGAACCACGAGCGAUAUGUCAAAGGCGAAGAUCGUAGACGAUGGGAGACUGAAUUUGGUGUGAAGCACUACGCCGGCUGUGUGACGUAUAACGUCAAAGGUUUCGUGGAUAAAAACAGGGAUGUUCAGCAGGACGUCUUUUUUGACAUUAUCUCCCGAAGCACAAACGAGUUUGUGCAGGAUUUGUCGACCUUUCAAGACUUAACACAGAAGGCACAAACGGCAAAUGGGGUUGGUACGGUUUCUAGAGGUACUAGCAAGGGGAAACCUACAGUUUCGGAUACUUUUAGACAUCAGUUGCAAGCGUUAGUUGACGUUUUGCAAUCCACAACUCCUUGGUACGUCAGGUGCAUCAAACCAAACAAAGAUAAACUUCCUGACGACUACGACGAUGCUCUAGUUUUGGACCAAUUGAAAUAUUUAGGAAUGUUAGAUAUAAUUAGAAUAAGAAAAGAAGGUUUUCCCAUACACAUGAGUUAUGAAGACUUCAUAUUAAGAUAUCAUUGUCUUUCCAAAAAUCGUUUACCUCAAGACUACCAACAAGCUUCCCUGAAUCUCAUAGAGAGCCACAGACUUCCCAAAACUGAAUGGCAAUUGGGAAAAACGAAAGUCUUUAUGAGGUCACACGUCCAUGAACCCUUGGAAGACACCAGGAACAAAAUGCUCAAAACCAAAGCAAUUCUUAUACAAAAGACUUACAGAAAGUACAAAUCUAGGAAGGAGUAUAUUAAAGUUAGGGAUGCUAUAUUGAAAAUACAGCAUGCUUACAAAGGUUGGAAGUUGAGAAUAGAGUUCUUGAAGAAGAGAAGAGCCGCGGUGGUGAUCCAGAGUCAUUUGAGGGGUGUUUUCGCCAGAGAAGUGGCUGCCGCUUUAAGAGAAAUGCGCAGAGUGGAGGAAGAAAUGCGCAAACGCGAACGUUUAGAAGAGGAAAGGAGACAGAGAGAAGCAGAAAGAAAAGAGAGGGAAGCUAGAGAAGCGGAAGCAGCGAGACUGGCAGCGGAGAAAGAAAGAGAAUCUAACGAGAUUAAUAGUUUUCCACCACCCCCAUUGCCUCCGCCUAUAGAAAAUGGAGAACUAGAGGAAUGUGAAAGGGCCGCUGAACAAGAAAUCGCGGCUCUGUCCCAAAUGGCCGAACAGCUCAAGCCCCACCUCAACGAAAAUGCCACCGAAUCAGUGGACCUAGACAACCUCUUCGCCUUCCUGUCCGACGUCGCUCCGCAGUCCACCACCCGCAAUAACAUCAUCGACGAAAUAGGCGAGAAAAUGAACGAACUGGUGGAAGACCUGGACGUAGAGUUGGAAACUGUGAUUCAGCAGGAGCUGGAGGGUCUUGCGCAGGAGCAACAGCAGCCGACACCCCCAAAAAUGGGGCUCCCCAGUCUUCCAGAGCCCACGGGGCCUCCUCCUCCACCCCCGUUCCAGUCAUCGCCGGAAACACCGGUGUCGGCGCCACAUGUGGUGGAGCCUGUACAGAAUGACGUCUGUCAAAUUAAAGAGAAACGAAGUAGGGACGAACCUAUUUACGAAUCUGUGCUUCCACGAGACGAUUCCGCCAACCUUCCAGUAUGUGUCUCUCCUCCACCUUUACCAGCACCACCAAAAUUGCCAUCUGAAAGCCCAAGACCAACACCGACGGUUUCCAGAUCGAGUAGCUCCGUAUCUCAACACUGGAAGCACAAUAAUCACGAAGUUCCUGUCCAACAGCUAUACCAGAACGGCCAACUCAAUCAGCAACAGACUGAAAAGUUCCAACAGCAGACAAAUAACAAUGAGCGUGAGCAACGUAGGAAAUUCAGAGUAGAGAAGAAACUUCUGGAGUUGAGCGAAAGCAGCGAAAAAGAAACUUCCGAAGAGUUGCAUUACGACAUGGUGGAGUUUGCUAACCAACAUUUCAAUGCUCAUGAAAGAAGUCCAGAGGGUACUAUCAUGGCAACGUUAACUAGGAAGCGACAAAGCUCUGAAAUGAUUCCUAAAUAUGAAAUGGUCACUUACUAUAAAGGAAAUACUAUUCCAAACUCUCACAUACACCUCUACGAUCCAGACAACAUUAAUGUGGCCUGUAGUAUUUUCAGAGAUUUGUGUAAAUAUAGCAGGGGAGAAUUUAAUUCUGAAAGAGAACUUGCUGUUAUACAGUCCAUAAUUGGUUACGCUUUGGAAAGAGAGGAGUUAAGAGACGAAGUGUUUGUUCAGUGUAUCAGACAGGCUACGAAUAAUCCAAACUCUGAUGCUACCGAAAAAGUCUGGCUGCUACUCUGUUUGUGUAUCGUCUCGUUUCAACCCUCCAAGCUGCUUUAUCGCUAUUUUAUGUCGUUUCUGAAGAAAAAUCUUUCACAAGGAGGUAAAAUCGCUCAAUAUGUUCAGUGGUGUUUGGAUAACUGCAAUAAUACUAAAAUCAGUGUGAGAGAACAUCCUCCAUCAUCUGUAGAAAUAGCAGCAAUGAGGAGAUUGGGUACUAUAGUGUGUCGGUUCUUCUUUCUCGAUGGCAGAACCAAAGCCAUCGAUGUCCAUCCGACUGAUACAGCUCACGAUGCUGCUAGAAAACUAGCGGAAAGAUUGGGACUAAGAAACUUGGAAGGAUGGGCUAUCUACCAGAGUCGACCGGAUGGCGAGGAACACGUCAGAGCCCACCAUUAUUUAUAUGACAUCAUAGCGCAAUGGGAACAGAACCAAAAUAAAUUAGCACCGCCAAGUGGUUUAGCGACCUUAGGGCGAAGAAGUGCUCAAGGUCUAACUGGAGGUGAAAAUAGAUUUAUAUUUAAGAGAAGACUGUUUAAGGCUUCUAGGGAGCUCAGCCAAGAUCCUGUAGAAGUCAAUUUGCUAUAUGCACAAGCAGUUCACAGUGUUGUUAAGCGCGAUGACUUCCCAGUGACUGAAAAAGUGGCUCUUCAGUUGGCAGGCUUGCAAGCUCAAGUGGCAUUGGGUAAUCCGAAGGAUAACAAUAAGUUAGAAUACUACACCGACAUAGACACAUAUUUGCCUUAUAGAAUAUCCAAAACCAGGGGAGAUGAUGUGUGGGUACCUAUUAUUGCUCAAGCUCACCGUCAAUAUGGUGCCAAUAGAUCCGAACUGACAGCUAAAGCCUUAUACCUGACUUGUGUGAUGCAGUACCCUCUCUAUGGUACUACCAUGUUCCCGGUUACUUAUAGGGGAUAUUGGUCCUAUGGAAACGCUCUUAUUUUAGGUGUUAAUUGCGAAGGUAUUAUGUUAAUAAAGAACGACGACAAGUUUAUAUUGAACGAGUUCCGAUAUCAAGACGUUGAAAGCAUUUUGUUGGAUCCCAGCGACAGUUUUAUCACUCUGACUCUUCAGAGAACGGUAGGGGAGAAUAAUCAUAAGUGUUACGUGUUCGAGACCAAGCAGAAAAACGAAAUUGGGUCCUUGAUAGCCAGCUACUACCCUGCAUUAGCCGGAUGGAUGACUGAGAAUGAGGCUCCGCAAAAAAGAGUCAAGAGUAUAACAAACGAAGAUCGUGUCAGACUUUACCACAAUCUUGUGAACUGUAGAAGAGCUCUUGUAGAUCACGAUAUUCUCAGAAAACCUACCGAUUCUUCCGGAAGUUUUCUGAGAAAUACUUUGAGACGGUUAAGUAAACACAAACUGGAUAAACUUAGACAAGAACAUGGAGGUAACUCUUAUCUAUUUUAUGUUUUGUAUAUGUUUUAUCAUUUAUUUAUUUUAGGAGAUACUGGCGAGACUUACAAAGGUUUUCAUUAUGCGUUCUGGGCCUUUAGUAAACAACCCUUACUACAAAGUAUAAGUAGAAUACCUGAAGCAGAAGAACAAACUAUGCUUCAAGUAUUUCAGAUUAUUUUGACUUAUGCAGGAUUAGGACAAAACGGUGAGGUCAUUAGAAGAGUUGAAGACGAGCAUGUGACACUCCUCCAGACGAUUUUGGAGAGAUGCAUGAGAAAAGAUUCUCUUCUUUGCGAGCUAUAUCUCCAGUUGAUCAAACAAACUACAGAUCACCCGGAUCCAAAUUCAAGGGUGAAUUUGCGACACUGGGCUUUACUAUCUCUGGCCUGUUCUGUUGUCCUGCCUCCUAAUAAAGUGAUCCGGCGAUAUUUGAUAUCUCACCUUAAAAGAUGUAGUUCGGACUACGUGACCGAAGAGGGAAAAUAUGCGCGAUUUGCUGAAAAAUGCCUGCUCAAAACUCAGGGCACCAGACGAAGACAGUGGCCGCCAUCUAGAGAAGAGAUUCUCUGCACCAUUAACCGCAGACCGGUAUAUGCUCGGUUCCAUUUCAUGGACGGCCAGUACCAUAGCGUAGAGUUCCAUCCUUCUGCCACUGCCAAAGAUGUCUGGGAAGUAGUAAGGGAUAAGAUAGGGCUCAGUCCAGAGGCCAAAGGUUAUGCCAUAUAUGAAGUUCUCGGAAACUCCGAGCGCAGUCUAGCGGCAGAAGAAAAAGUAGCUGAUGUCAUGGCCAAAUGGGAACGCUACAGAGCUGCAUCGACGGCCAAUGCCACCAACACUGGCACUUCUAAGAAAGUGAGACCUCAGCAUCACUUUUUCCUCUUCAAGAAGCACUUGUUCAUGGACAACUACAUUAACCUAAACGAUACAGUGGAGAAGGAGUUAUUGUACCACCAGGUACUGCAUGAUUUGAGAACAGAUAGGUUCCCUAUUACAGACAAAGAGGCGAUGAUGCUGACAGCUCUUCAAGCUCAGUUAGAACUUGGAGACAUCGACGAAACUAUCCACGAUUACCGACCGAUAGCCUGUCACUGUUUACCCGCGAGGAUGGUGCCCACCAUUCCUCAAGAUGGCGUUCAGAUGCAUCAUCAAAGUCUGAGGGGCAUGACGGCAUCUGAAGCGAAGCAGGCAUUCCUUAAUUUGAUACAGAGUUGGCCUUUGCACAAAGCCACUAUUUUUGACGUUAUGCAAUCUUUCACCUCAAACUGGCCCAGGGUUCUUUGGUUAGCCGUUGACCAAAAAGGUCUUCACCUUCUAGAACAUAGAUCCAGAAAUACGCUGUGCACUUACGAUUACAACAGCAUAAUGUCUUAUUCUCCUGCACUAAACUGCCUCAUGAUCAUCACCGGUAGCGAUCACAAACAGAGCAAGGUCAUCCUAACCACUGCUCAAGCGUUUCAAAUAGCUACUCUCAUCAGAGAAUACAUGGAGGUGCUUCACGAAAACAUGGUGGAAUUAAGGAAAGUAGAACAGACUAGGAGCAGACCUGUGAGCGCUUUGCAUGCGCAUGCCCCGUUAGUACCACCUCAGCCAAGCUAGAAGAGGGUUACUUUCGCAGAUGACGUCAUAGGAACCAAUUGCUACUGAUCGCAUAAAUAAGUAGCGGAAUUUCAGGUUUCUGAGCGAUCAGCGAGCCACCACCUCGGACCAGGAAGGCAAUGGCAAUUGAGUAUGUUUGCCUUGUACAGCCUCUCAAAUAGUACGUUCCGAUUUGGCGAUAAACUGUAGGUCCGUGUACUUGUGAAACACUGAUGACUGAUGACACACAUCGCAAGUACAUGUGAGAGGUAGCCUACGCUCUGUAUAGGGUAUGGCACUGUAAGAAGAUCUCUAGCCAACAGUAUAGCUCAUUCAUUUUUUUAAUAACCUUACAAGAAAUGCAAAAUCAUCAAUUGUUUUUAUUACAAAUGACAUUCUUUUACUUUACGAAUAGGUACCCUAUAAUGCAUGUUAAUAAUCUAAUUUACAACAGCUGCUUUCUGUUUAAAUAAACUGGAUGAAUAUAUGAUUACAUCUUUAUGUUCUAUUUAUAUGAAUUGAAGGAUUUUUCAAUUGGGUACUUAUUACUCAAUACGAAUUGUCAUAAUUGAUGUUAUUUUGGAAUUAAUUUCUUUUUGAACAAUUUAAAAGAGUUGCUAACUAAACAGAAAGUAGCUAAUAUACCAUGCAAAAAAUUAACUGUGCUAUUAAAAAAAAAGAGAGAAUAAAUAUAAAUAUUAACUAUUGUUCGACCAUUAUUAUCUAUUAUAAUAUACAGAAUGUUAAAUGCAACCUAGUCAAAUGUACAUAUUAUUACAUAAUAUAAUAAAGUUUUAUUAUUGUACAGAUGUUAUAUUAUGUACGCACAUUGUUUUUGUAUUUUUUUUCUUCUCUUAGUAUAUAUAACAAUUUUUAUAUAGAAUUUUUGUAAUUUUAUAUUUGUCUUUUGUGAUAACGUUUUUUAAUUUGGAUUUUAGAGCGCAUUUAACGAGCAACGUUUCGAAAGCUGUUCACCUACCAAAGAUAAAUAAGUAACUGUUAUAAGUAAUAGAAGGAAAUGUUACUUUGAGAUGCGCUAUUUCGAAAUAUUAUAUUUUUCUGUAUACAUAUGCUUUUAAGGAUUAAUUUUUAAUUUUAUAAAGUGCUUAUUUAAUUUAUGAUUGUCUUGUGUCGAUAUAUUUAUAUGAUACAUUAUAUAUAAAGAA